AUGCCAGAAACUCUCAAACGCAGGCUACCGCAUGAUGAUGAGCUCGUGGAAGACUCCGAACCCGAAAGGGAGGAAAAAAGGCAAAAAAUGAGGAGGAAGAAGAAGAAAUGUUUGCGCCUGGACCAAUCACGGGCUGAUCUAGAGCAAGGUAUCAUUGAGCUAACUGAUACCGAACUCGAUAAUUCUAGUCCAUUAGCUGUGGGUGGUCAAAGUCAGAUCGAUAAGCCUAUUGGCGCUUUCAGCUGUGAUAAAAUGAUAGAGCUGGCUUCUUCUCGGGAACUUGAAAGUGCGGAUUUUUUUGCGAUUGAUAUAUCUCGGCCUUCGCUUGCUGCUGCUUUUAAUAUGCAUACAAAUCGUGCCAAUGUACCCGAUACAGCGAACGCGCCAUAUAACGCACAGAACAUGUCGGAUAUGAAUCGCAUUUCUACAUACCCCACCCCACCUCCUAUUGCGACCCUGGAAGUGCCGCUGUCUAGUGACUCUGAGGGUGAAUCUCACCUGAAACUGUCUCGCUUUGCUUUCCGGGCGCCUCCAUCUAAGCCCAAAAUCACCAAUCCCGGGGGUUUGUCGUACUCGGACAGUACUCUCGCAGCAGAUAGUCUUCCGAAAUCAACCUCUGCUCUGAAAGUCAGACUGAAGCGCUCCAGUAUUCACCGCUUCUUCAAUGACUUCUCAGAUACACAACUUGCAUCUCUCACCAGCUGUGUUGGCUGCAACCUGAAGUGGACCUCGACAAAGACUGCAAGCCAAAAAGUGAUUCAUGUCCAAAACUGCGCAAAAAAGAAGUUCCUUUCUGAUGAAACAGUUCGCACGCUUAUACGCAAAGAAGUUCAAUCGUCCUCGGACCAGAAAGCUUCUCAAGGCAAUGGUCAGAAAGCUACGGAAGAAGGCCAAAAGUCAGCCACUUUCCUGGAAACGAUUGUCAAUGAGGUCUCCCGAACGAAGAAAGGCAAACGCCCUCAAAUACUGGGGACCGUCAAGUCUCUUCCUGAAACUCGUGGUAGCAUACUAGGAAGGGCGCGGGCUGUACUUGAUACUUCUAUGCAGCACGGAGGUCCCGUCGUAGACGCUCAGGUGUCGAAUUUGAUCCAGAGAGGUAGAAGCGAUGUUCCCUGCACUCAAGCUUUUGGAACUAGCAUGCUUGCUCGUCGAGUAGACUCGUAUCCUCGUGCACAGCCGGGACCAGUGUUGACCCAGGCUUUCAGUGAAAGUGCCCUCGGUCACUUGCAAUCUAGCUUGGGCCUCGCUGUGCGACGUGCUCAAACUUCCGGUCUUUGA